CAAGGAGGCCGAGAGGAUAAUCAAGGCGGGAUAAGGGCCGGCAGGAAUGCGGGAGCCAUCCCGGGCUCCAGCCGAUGCCCUCUGCCCGCCGCGGGCCCUCCCCACAGAUGCCGCCCCCCACCCUCCCGUGCUCCCGCCGGUGCUCCCACCCGCUCCUCUGUCCGUCCGUCCGUCCCAGGGCCGCGCUGGAGCCGAUCGGGGACGUGCACCGGGGCCUGUCCCCUCCGGAGGCCCUCCCGGCCCGGCUGGCCCUGCUCUCGGGUCACUACCUCUACUAUCACUACGGCUGCGACGGCCAAGACGACCGGGGCUGGGGCUGCGGCUACCGGACCCUGCAGACGCUGUGCUCGUGGCCCCGCGGCCGGGCCGAGGCCGUCCCGGGGCUGGGCGACGUCCAGGCCGCGCUGGUGGCCCUGGGGGACAAGCCGCCCGCCUUCCGCGGCUCCCGGGGCUGGAUCGGCUGCGUGGAGGCCGCCCUGUGCCUCGCCCACUUCGGGGGGCCGCGGGCCCGGCUGCGCCACGUCCCGCGGGGCGGGGGGCUGCGGCCCGAGCUGGACGCCCUCUGCGCCCACUUCGAGGGGGGCGGCGGCCCGGUCAUGGUCGGGGGCGACGCCGACGCGGGGGCCAAGGCCCUGCUGGGGGUCUGCCUCGGGGCCGGGCCGGCGCCCGCCGCCCAUGUGCUGGUCCUGGACCCCCACUGUUGGGGGGACCCGGGCGGCCGGGCCGGGGCGCAGGCGGCCGGCUGGGUCCGCUGGCGCCACGUGGGAGACGCCUUCGACCCCGCCUCCUUCUACAACCUCUGCCUGACCAGCUGGCCCCCCGAGUCCGGCCCGCCUGAGGGGGAGGAGCCCCCGAGUCCACCCCGCCUGAGGAGGGAAGCCCCGGACCCCGGCCCACCUGAGGAGGAGACCCCCGGGACCCAGCCAGCCUGAGGGGAGCCCCCGACCCCGCGGGGAGACACCGAGCGGGGGCCCCCAGCUCGGGCUCUCUAAUUAGACCCUCCCUGGGCCUACAGACAAUAAAGGGUGACCGACAGGCCGUUGGGACGCCUUCCCUGCAGACCUGCCAGCACGA